CCAAUUCUUUAUUAUUCUCAUAAAUAAAUUAUUUUUCCCACAAAAAAAAGAAAAGGCAAAUGUGAAGAAACACACAACACAGCCUAUAAACAAAGGCAGCAGAACGUCAGUGUAAAAAGUGCAGCAACUUCCUUUUCUCUCCGUUGAUUGCGCUUCAUUCCGUUGCUGCUAUUGCUAUUUGCCAAGUGCUAACCCCAUUAAUAAACCUUGUAGUUUUCCCUUCUUGCCCACUUUCCGCAAUUGCCGCAACUAAAAGUUUUGAGACAGAAAAGGAAGUGACUUUAAACAGAGUUUUCUUGAUCGUAUAAAUAUAUUUGGGAUUGGCAUUGGUUGCUUGAGAAUUUGAACUUGACCCACGUCAAGAUUUGGUGGAAUUUCAUCUGGGUUAGUCUUUGUUGAAGGAGAAAGUGUCUGUAAUGGUGGUUUCGGGUUGUCGUUGCUGACAUUUUUUGUUUUGUCCACCAUGGGUUGUGUGGCGUCCAAGCAGACUGUGUCGGUUACUCCUGCAUUUGAUCAUUCGGGGAUUCUCGUUAGAGAUGGGGAAGAUGUCGGGUCGGGUAGGGGUCGGGUUGGGAGUGGUGGGUUUGGGUUGGAUUUUGAUUUGAAGAAGGUGAAGAAGAGGGGAGAUUCGGGUGCGGGGAGCGAGUUGGAUGAGUCAGGUAGGGCGAGUUCGAAUGGGUGUGGUAGUGAGUCAGUGAGUUUUAGGUUGGGGAAUUUGCAGAAAUAUGUGGAAGGAGAACAAGUGGCUGCUGGGUGGCCUGCUUGGCUUAGUGCUGUAGCAGGGGAAGCCAUUCAAGGAUGGGUGCCUCUCAGAGCUGAGUCCUUCGAAAAAUUGGAAAAGAUAGGUCAGGGUACAUACAGCAGCGUAUUCAGAGCACGUGAUUUAGAAAGUGGAAGAACAGUUGCCCUGAAGAAGGUGCGGUUUGAUAACUUCGAGCCAGAAAGUGUUAGAUUUAUGGCACGAGAAAUUAUGAUCCUCCGCAGGCUUGAUCACCCCAAUAUCAUCAAAUUAGAAGGUCUAAUUACCUCCAGAUUGUCUUGUAGCAUGUAUCUUGUGUUCGAGUAUAUGGAACAUGAUAUUUCAGGACUCCUGUCUUGUCCAGAAGUUGAGUUCAGCGAAUCACAGAUUAAAUGCUACAUGAAGCAGUUGUUGUCUGGAAUCGAGCAUUGUCAUUCUCGAGGUGUAAUGCAUCGGGACAUCAAAGGUGCAAAUCUUCUGGUAAAUAAUGACGGAAUUUUAAAGGUGGCAGAUUUUGGAUUGGCGAACUUCUGUAACCUUGGAAGGAAGCAACCACUAACCAGCCGAGUUGUCACUUUAUGGUAUCGUCCUCCAGAGCUUCUGUUGGGCUCCACAGAGUAUGGAGCCUCUGUGGAUCUUUGGAGUGUCGGAUGCGUGUUUGGUGAACUUCUUACUGGUAAACCCAUUCUUCAGGGGAGAACUGAGGUUGAACAGCUGCAUAAAAUUUUUAAGCUCUGUGGAUCCCCACCAGAUGAUUACUGGAAGAAAUCUAAACUUCCUCAUGCAACUCUAUUUAAACCACAACAUCCUUAUGAGAGCUGUCUGUGGGAUACAUUUAAAGAUCUAACCAAAAGUUCAGUCUCACUCAUAGAGACUCUUCUUUCAGUGGAGCCACCGAAACGUGGAACUGCUUCUUCUGCCCUUGCAUCUGAGUACUUCAAGACAAAGCCUCAUGCCUGCGAUCCUUUAAGCCUGCCAAAGUAUCCACCAAGCAAAGAGAUUGAUGCCAAACACUGUGAAGAAGCAAAAAGGAAGAAGCCUAGUGGAAGAGCCCGUGGACCUGAGACAACCAGAAAGUCAAUCAGAAAACAGAAUGCGACAAAUAAACUGGCACCUGAAGAGAAGUUACCUGUCCAAAAUCAAGGUGUUCCUAAAAGUAAUGGUAGUAGUCUGGGUACUCUAAAAGAAGGAGACAUUAUUAUAGGUCUUGAGCGACCUAAGCCAUCUGUCGAUUUUAGGGGAGAGGCUUCCCACAUUAAGAAUGCAUCUCAAGGCGAUGUCCCCUUUUCAGGCCCUCUUCAAGUUUCAGGAUCAAGUGGUUUUGCAUGGGCGAAAAGACGGGUUGAUGAUUCGUCAAUGAGAUCAAGGAGUAAAUCAAGUUCAAGAAGCCUAAAGUUUGAACCUUCAGGUGCAGUUCAUACUAAAAAUAACACGGAGCUAAAAAAACAAGAGAACUAUGUAGCUACAAAUGGAAGUCACACCAAUUCUAAGGGCCGUGACACCUAUGAAUCCACCAAACAUGCAAUGCAACGACAUUGGAGCCAAUUAGAGCAGACAGAUUCAUUUGAUACUUCUGAUGGCUAUCAUUCUCAAGAACUGUCACUGGCUCUCUAUCUGAAAGAGGAGACAGCUUUCAAGAGGAUCAAUGUGGUUCAGGAUCAAAUGGACAAAGUUGAAUUCUCAGGACCUUUGCUAUCUCAAUCACACAGAGUUGAAGAACUCCUGGAGAAACAUGAGCGCCAGAUCCGACAAGCUGUUAGACGAUCAUGGUUCCAAAGAGUGAGGAAAAACGGAAACUGAUUGUAUGGUGCUCCUAUUUCACACGGUAUACUAUACAGUAAAGAAACGAGGUACAGGAAUUUUGACAGUGGAUUCACAACAAUCAAGAAAGUCUCACAUACUCUAAAGUAGCUGAACGUGAUGAGCUGUUGAUCUCGAUCCAUAGCAGUGUGCAGAAGACUCACAAAGUUAAGAACCGACUCUAUUCAAGGGCUGCAGCAAGUGCUUCAAGAAAAUAAGCAAUGGCUAGACGUCCUUUAUUCGUUAAAUUUCUCAAGGCCCUGAAAAUAAAUUCUCUGAGUAUUGUCUCUCCACUCUCUUCCUCCGCGUCAAUGUAUAUAGUUCUUAGCUGUCAAAACUCACUCAUUUUUGCCCUUCCAUCCAUCAUAGAGUAGUGAGUGUAUUCUGUACGUUGCUGAUAGAUACAUAUAGUUAGUUCCAAGGGAACUGAGUAAAGAAGCCGAUGCAUUUUCCAGCUGCUUUAUCGCGUGUUAUAUUAGAGAAACUCCAUUGUCAUUGCCCAAGAAAAUCCAGAUAUAUAUACAGGGAAGAAACAUGAAGCAUUUCUUACAGUA